GCUUUAAAAUGUUUUAUGUUCUCUAAGCGUCUUUCUCUAUUGUCCUGAAUUUUAUUUUAAUCUUGGUUUCAAAAUAUUCGUUAAACGCUAAGUUAAAACUGCUCCGUUAGAUACUCAAGUCCUUUUUAUCCUUAACAGUCAUUUCAGCAGCUCACUAGAGAUUUUGUGAGGUUGAAAGAACCCUGAUUCUUUCUGCUCAUCAGUCGCGCUCGCUUUGUGCUCUCUCACCGGCCUCCAAGCCAAGAUCUGCUUGUCCAAUCAGUGCUGAGAACGGUCCAUCUUAUGAAUAUUAAUGACAGGUUCGACCAAUCACUAUGUGGGAGUGCUUCACAGGAGAGCCUUUAGUUGCGCGUUUUCCAACAGCAGCAUAUAACUGUUCGUGUCUAUUUGAGUUUGUACUGAUGGGGAAGGUGACUUGUUGGAGGUUGGACGCCUUUGUUCGUACCUGCGACUUAAUGGAUACAUAAAAGGGACAUUUAUGAAUGUAAAAGCGCCGUUUGUGGAUUACAUAAGCUAGAUAUUAGAUGCAGUGGACCGGUAUGAAUCGUCUUUGUACAAACAUACAGUUCGGGACUUGUUAAAUGAAUUGGACAUGGAUAAAACCGGUUAUGGGAUACAUGCAACUUACCAUUUAUUCUUUCUGUGGCUCACAGUUUGCCCUCUUUGCUCUCAGGGAAGUUGGAUGUGGUUGGGCAUCACAUCUGUUGGAGUGCCCGAGAAGUUGGGUUGCGCGCAUUUGCCCCUGUCGCACAAGCAGAAGGAGCUGUGCGCGCGCAAACCGCACCUUUUGCCGAGCAUUAAGGAGGGCGCGCGCCUGGGCAUCAGCGAGUGCCAAACGCAGUUCAAACACGAACGCUGGAACUGCUCGACCCGACGAGACCCGAACGUGUUCGGCUACGAGCUCACCAGUGGGACAAAAGAGACAGCGUUUAUCUACGCAGUCAUGGCUGCCGGCCUGGUUCAUGCAGUCACUCGCUCUUGCAGUGCAGGAAAUAUGACUGAGUGUUCGUGUGACAUGAGCCUGUUGGGCAGCGGUUCGCCCACGGAGGGGUGGCACUGGGGUGGGUGCUCCGAUGACAUUGGCUUUGGGACUUCCUUCAGCCGUCGCUUUGUUGAAAAUUCAGUAAAAAACACAUCAGCCCGUGUUGAGGACACCCUGUUCACUAUGAACCAACAUAACAGCGAGGCUGGAAGACAGGCAGUGGCCAAAACCAUGUUGACAGACUGCCGCUGUCACGGUGUGUCGGGUUCGUGUGCGGUAAAAACUUGUUGGCGCACAAUGGCUGCAUUCGCGCGUGUGGGCGCCUAUCUGAAGGAGCGCUACGAAAACAGCGUUCAGGUGGUGGACCGAUCUAAGCGUAAGGUGCGUCGUAAGGACAAAGACCAUCGCCACAUGCCUAUUGGCAAAGAAGAGUUAAUCUUCUUCAACAAAUCGCCCAGUUACUGUUUGGAGGACCGGCGCUUGGGCGUGAUGGGCACCAGGGGCCGCAGGUGUAACAGAACUUCAGCCGGGCCGGACGGCUGUAACCUGUUGUGCUGUGGGCGGGGCUACAACACACACGUGGUACGACAUGUAGAGCGCUGUGAGUGUAAGUUCGUCUGGUGCUGUUACGUUCGCUGUCGCCGCUGUGAGACGAUGAACGACAUGCACACUUGCAAGUAGAGCAACUACUUGGGGAGUCGUCUUAUGAGUGGAAGUGGACCUUCCUUGCACUUUCAACCCAGGUGGGCCUAAAUUGUAUAAUCC